AUGGCUGCGGGGAGCCAUCCGAAGGACUUGACGCCCCCGCUGGCCUUCAAGCUCCUCGGGGAACCUGGUUCAAUCAACGAGCAACGGCAGUCUCCCUUGUUCGGAAAGCUCCCGGCCGAACUUCGAGUGCUGGUCUGGAUCUUAGUUCUCACGCGUUACGAGGACUUCGACAGACCCUUCAAGCUUGGCAAUCGCGAAACUCGCCCUGGACAAGCUGGGCCGCUUCGCGUGGCCGUCGAUCUACUGCUGGCCUGUCGAGCUAUCUACACCGAGGCCUUCCUUGUUCCCUUCCAAGUCAAUCCCAUGAUCAUCUUCGACGGCGACAAGUCGGACAUACCACCAUACCACCGCACUCUCCCGUUACCAGCAUCAAAUUACUACAAACCUCUUGCAUCGCGGUUCUGGCAGUUUGCGCAGUUCUCCUCGGUCCAGUUGAACGUCCAACAGCAUAAUUUGGAAGGGAGUGCGAUUGAGAAAGCAUCACGAGCAGUCGGGACUCUGGGUCGGCACCGAGGGCAAGUGGUUCGCGGCUUCGCGUCGGGCUACGCAGCAUUUCACUAUCCUAACGAGACCGCGAUGGGCAGCACGCAGGAGAACAACAACCCAGAUGGCCCGCUUUCGGAGGCUGACAGAAUCUGCAUUGGUAAAAAGAUCACACACCUGACCGUCCGCAUCGCUCGCACAGACUGGUGGUCGUGGACUGAUCGUCCCGAGGAAGGGGCGGCUGAUUUGUCCAAAGCCCUUCGUCUCGAACCGGACAUCCACACGACAUGUCACGAUCAUUCAGCUAUGUUACGGGGCUAUGAAGCUCGCAAAGCAGGUAUGGAAGUCGACUCCGGCCUUGACGACUUCAAGAAGCCACGACGAUGGGGUCAGCCUGGAUGGGGUGACCAGAUAGCCCUAUAUUGGCCAGACCUGGAAACUCUUGAGCUCGUCCUAGAGACUUUCGCCCAGAAGCAAAGCCAGCUUGAAACCGUCAUAAGUUGUGCCAAGUUGUGGCAGUUUCCCGUCGAACGCGGAUACCGAUUGGAAUGGGAUGGCAAGGAAGAGUCAACAGUCAGAUGGCAGGGAGCUAAUAAGUAUGACUACGAAUACCAGUCGCCCUGGGUUGAUGCGCGGUAUGGACAUACAGAUCCGGAAAAGAGCCACAACCGUUUGACUCGAUGGCGGCCACGAUCCGAGCACGUCGACGAGCUAAGUCUUGGACAGGUUUUCAUCAUCAAGACUCUAACGUUCAGACGGCGAAAGGUAACAACCGAGAGGCCUUCGGCCGAGGCUUGA